AUCGUUCUGUUCGCUGGCUUUUGCUUCUUGUCUUGAUACCCACUGCUGCGGCUGGUAUACUCGCAGUACUUUCCUUAUCUAUAGUACUGCUUUAUUCUAAUGGCCGACGUCGAGGAGCAGCAUCCAGUCGCUGGUGUCGAGGAACACGACUCUAUUCCAGAAGAACCUGAAACCACACUCUCUGACUCACAUCUCGAGCCUGAACAACACGAGGCGUCAGAUGAAAUAGAGGCCACACCUGUGGAUGUAGCUGCCGAUAACGAGGUGCAUGUCCCAGCUGCAGAUAGUGAGCCAGCUGAGGCUGGCGUGCCAGGUGCUGCUGAGAUCGUGGAUGCAGCACCUUCAGCGGCGCCAGAACCAGAGGCGAAGCAGGCUGUACCGGCUUCUCCCUCAAAGCUGAAGGCGAAGACCUCCAUAUCUACCAAACCGCCAGGCAAGGCAGUUGCCGGUACGACGGUUAAGAAAGUCCUGAGCUCUGGCACGUUUGGAUCCGGUGCACCGAAAACUACACCUGCAACGACGAAAGUCGCAGCUUCCUCAUCUACUGCUACCAAACCCGUCUCUGCGACAUCAGCCCUCAGGAAAACGUCUAGUGCUGCCCCUACUUCGGCUGCUCGAUCCACUAUGCCGCCUAGUAGGCAAACAUCUACUGGUGUGUCAGGCUCUGUUCCGACUGCUUCACGGAGGGCGUCGCUUGCCCCGAAGGCGCCGACGCCUGCUGCGCCAACGAGGACUGCGACUACGGCCGCAAGACAGAAUUCCGUUGUCUCGCCGCCGACGCGUCCCGAUUCUGCGGCCUCAUUGAAGUCCUCGUCAUCCGCUCGUCCCCGUGCCUCCGUCAGUGAAGGUGUGAAGCGUGCCCCACCUCCUCCAAGGGCAAGUCUCGCAAAUGCGACGACUAACAGAGCUGCUAGCGCAUCGUCCGCCAAGCCUCCUACUAGGGCUACGGGUUCCAUCACAUCGAUCAAGGAAGUUAGAGAUGAUAGUAAAGUCGUAACGGAACUUCAAAACAAGUUAACGGAGGCUACCUCUUCAUUGGCUUCCAAGACUGAUGCCGCUGAGGCAUUAGAAGCCGAGGUGGACACGCUGAAAGCUUCGUUGGAGUCAUUGCGGGCAGAAGUCGAGGCUAAGCAGUCUGCAACACAGGAACUAGAGACGGCCAAGGCGUCUGCAGAAUCCCAGCUAGCAGAAUUGCAACAGAAGCUUCAGGCUCUGCUGGCCGAACGCGACAGCGAUGAUUCCGUCUUGAAGGACAUUCGAGAGGAGCUGGAAGCUGCGAAAUCCGCCAAUGCGUCUCAGACAGAGCUGAUUGAGAGCUUGCGGAGUCAAAUUUCGACCUUGGAAUCUGAAGUGCAGGCAGCGAAGGACAACCUCGAUGUUCUUCGAGCUUCUUCAGAAGCUUCCUCUACUGCCGUGGCUGCAGCUGCGGUCGAGCACGAUGCACUUCUGAAGGCUCAAGCCGACCUCCAAGCUAUACGGGCUGAGGUUGAGCGAGUAAACCUUGAGCAUAGCAAAACGCUUGCUGAGGCUGAAGAGAAGAUAAAGGCCUUAGAAAGCCAAGCCACGCAGGCUGCCGCAUUCGAGGCUCAAGUCGCUCAGCUCAAGGCGGAGAAUGAAGAGAAAGCAACAAAGGUUUCUGAGCUUGAGAUCGAGGUCCUGGAGAUGAAGGAAGAGCAAGAAGCUAUGGAGGACGGGCGAUCCAAGACCCUUUCGCGAAUCCAAUCCUUAGAGGAAGAGCUCGCGAAAGCGCAAGCGGCCGUUCUGGAAGCAACGGAGGCUGCUAAGGCGAAGGAGGUGGAGCUCUCCGCUGCCGCUGAGGCAACCGCUCAGUCUCAUACCCAGGAGGUCGAGCAUCUUCAACAACAACUCGCUUCCUUGACGCAGCAGUUGCAAGAAGCCCGCAUAGCUCAUGAUUCGGUUCUGGCUUCUUUGAAAUCGAUGGAAACACAAUUGGAGACUCAAGCUGAUGAGCAUCGUCAUCAAUUACAAGAGCUCGAGCAGCGCCACCAAUCCAAACAGGAUGAGCUUUCGGAAGAAAUCAAGCGCAUUACUACGGAGCUCGAAAGUCAAGAGUCAAAGUACAAUGCUAAGGUAGAUGAGGUCAAAGCUCAGCAUGAAGAACUUCUGAAGGAGGCUUUCGAGCGUGCAAAGGGUGAAGCUGGUUCCAUACACAGCCAGGAUCUUCAAGCUCUUCGAGCGGAAUCGCAGGCUACUAUGGAGCAGCUUCGUAAUGCACAUCAAACGACCAUUGAGAAUCUGAAGGCCGAGCAUGAGAGUACUCUACGCUCCCAGGUCGCGUCUUUGGAGAAGCAGUUCGCCAAUCAGAAGCUCGAACUUAAGGCUACUCAGGAUGAUCUUGCGAAGUCGAAAGCUGCGCAUAACAGUGUAGCCCAGGAGUUGCAGUCGGCCAAAGCGCAAUUGGAUUCAGCUCGCCAGCUUGUCGAGUCGAUGGACAAGGGUGACAAGGAUGAAACGAUCGCUCAGCUUUCUAAAGACCUUUCGAACCUUCGUGAGGACCAUGCCGCCCUCGAGGACAUGUUCACUGCUACGAAAGAGUCUCUCCGAGAGAUCACUAAUAACCACGCAACUGAACUCCAGGAAGCUGCCAAAGGUCGUGCAGAAGAAGUCACUAAGAUCCGCGCUGCGCACGAAGCCGAGACCGCCGCCCUCAAGAACGAGAAGGCUGAGCUCGCAACUCGUUUAUCUGAUCUCGAAGGCGAACUCGCCACUGUCAAGGCGUCCAUCACAACCGAUCCAUUACAAUCCCCGAAGGGAAAUGGAACAGCACACGCACGCACGUCCAGUGUUACCAAGGAGGAGUUGCAGAAGCUACACGAGGCGCACAAUCUUAAACUCUAUGAUCUUCAAGCUGAGCACGAACAUGCGAUGCGUGCUAUGCGAGAGGAGGUGGAAACUGUACUCGGCCAAGCUGAGAAGCUCAAUCAGGAGCUCGCGCGGAAGACUAUGGAGAUUCAGUACCUCGAGCAAGAUCAAGACGAGAGUCAAGACCAGAUUACACGUUUAUCACUCUCCUUAUCAUCGCAUCCGGACUAUUUUGCAUUAUGGACCUUACAUUAUUUACUCGUCUGUCGUUCCUUUACUUAAUAUGUGUUUGCUUGCAGACUGAAGGAAGACCUGGAACAUCUCACCGAACAACUCAAGGUCAAAGAACAAGCAAAGUAAUCAAGAAUAUCCAAGACCUCUCGCCGUGUCGUUGCCUCAUGGAUUCCGCACUGUUACCUGCUGGCUUUCAUAUCUCCCAGACCACCCACACGCUGGACAGUCCGAUACCAGAAAUUAUCUGUUGUUGUCUUUCAUCGACCAUGCAUCCCGUUCCCUUAUUAACGUAUUGCAGCUAAUCCCAAUUGCUUUCAGAUUUUACUCGCUUUCAUUACUGUUGUUUCGUACUACACUUAUCAUUCUAUCUCCCAUAUGUUACCCACGCUGCUAUACCCUGUCUACCGCCUCCUUGUGUAAUACAGCAGUCUUUGAAUCGAGUUUGCUGACAAGUUAUUACGAGGGAGCCGCUACCGUACAGAAACAUGAAGGAUACCACGACAAUCGAGAGCAGAAAGAUGGCUGCAUAGAAAUGAUUGCAAUUCUUCUG